GGAUUUGGAUAAUAAUGGCCGCUGCAGGUGGGAGUGUUGUUCAGGGAAUACCUCGAUUAGCUAUUCCACCUAAAAUCCCCCCUACCCACACUCUUGAUAAGUAUAACUCAGAGGUUGAAACAAGAGAAGAUGAAGAGCAAAAUGUUAAACUUCAAGAAACCAUUGAACUUCUACUGGCUGCAGGAUACUUCAGAGCAAGAAUUAAAGGACUCUCACCAUUUGAUAAGAUUGUAGGAGGCAUGACUUGGUGUAUCGAGAUGUGCAGUGUGGAUAUUGACGUUGACCUUCUAUUCCACGAAAAUCUGACCAUUGGUCAAAAAAUUGCCUUAACAGAAAAGAUUGUUGCUGUUCUACCAAAAAUGAAAUGCCCUCAUCGUAUUGAGCCCCAUCAAAUCCAAGGACUAGAUUUUAUUCACAUAUACCCUGUUGUUCAGUGGCUGGUGAAGCGUGCGAUUGAAAAUCGUGAAGAAAUGGGGGAUUAUAUUCGAGCUUAUUCUAUAUCACAGUUCUAUAAAUCUCACAACUUCCCAGCUGAUGGAGAAUUUGAAGGAAGGAAAACGAAGAUGGUUACAUCAUUGAUGGACCUGAAGGAAAGUUACCGACCUAGAAGAAAAUACCGUCAUCAAGCUCCACACAAAAUAAGAGAUGAAGAAACCAGAGUCCAGACGACUCUUCUAGAAUAUGGAAGAAGACAUGGACUUUCCCAAGCAGGAGCUUUAAAGCAGGUGGAUGGUGCAGAGACCAAAACUAAACUUACUGGUGAAGAAACUCAUGAAGAAAAGGAAGAAGAGCAGAGAAUCCAGACACUACUUAGUGGUAUGCAAGUUAUGGAAGAUCAAGAGAGCAAGCUUACACCAAGUGCUGUUGGUUCAAUAGUUAGUCUUCAGUCCAGUGAAAUCCAGCAGGUGGCAUCAGAAUAUGCUGACAGGCAAGCACAGUUGGCUGCUCAGGAUAGGACUAAAGAGGUGGGUGGAAUGCAACAUCACAUGCGAGUAGUAACAUCACUUAAUAAACAGCUCUCGGCCAAGAACCAACAGAUUCAAGAGGGGCAGACAAAGCACGAAGAACUUAAGAAGGUGUAUGAAGAGAGCUUGGAAAAGUUACGCAAGCUUCAGGCCACACAUGCUCAGCUACUAAAACAAAGUGAAGAAAUUGAGGCCUUAGAAAAUGACGAUAAUAAAAGUGUUAUCAAAAAGCUACAGGCACUAGUGGUGAUGAAUGAAAACCUAAAACGUCAAGAACAAGAGUUUCGAAGUCAGUGCAAGGAGGAACUGAUUCGUUUACAGACCCAGGUUGAAAGUGUGAAGUCUUCAACACAGGAUGGAAGUACUGAGGACUUGGAAAGAGCUCAACUGAUCGAAAAACAGCACUCGGUAGAUAAAGAAAAGUUCCAGAAGAUUAGAAUGUUACUGGCCAAAAAGAAUCGUGAGAUUGCAACGCUCCAAAGGAAGAUAGAUGAAGUUCCACGAGCUGAGCUUAACCAGUACCAGCGUCGUUUUAUCGAGCUGUAUAACCAAGUUUCAGCAAGACACAGAGAAACCAAACAGUUUUACACCCUGUACAACACGCUGGAUGAUACUCGCAUGUACUUGAACAAAGAGGUGAAUCUGUUAAAUUCCAUUCUGGACAACUUUACAGAAGCCAUGUCGUCUUCUGCAACAAAAGAACAGUUCCUUACGCAGUUUGAACAGAUUGUUGAAGGCAUCCGUCAAAAUCGACUCAAAGUAGAAAAGAAGAAACAGGUAGAUAAGAUGAAGAGAGAUCAACUAAAUGACCAAUAUUUAGACCUUGUGGAGAAACAAAGGUUAUAUUUCAAAACAGUCAGAGACUUUAAAGAGGAGUGCAGGAAAAAUGAACUUCUAGUGGCCAAACUUAAGGAAAAAACUCAAUGAAGGAUGGUUAGUUUCAAGGAAUAUUUUGUAUGAAGCUGGGCUUAUAUUGUACGUUUAAAUUAUGUUUAUAAUUGAAAAUUUAAAUCAUAAUUAGCGUAAAUGAUUGUGUUUUUUGUGAAGAAAAAAAAAAGUCAAAUCAUUAGAAUAUAAAUCAUGCAAUUUAUUGUCUACAUAACUUGAUUUUGUUCUGGUGUUUCUGAAAUCAGACGAAGAAUAUUAAAAGCUUCUAACUGUAAAGUUAACUCUCAGCAGUGAUAAUGUAUAGAGAUCCAAUCUCGUCUUGCUGUACUCCUUAACGAAAACUGUACACGUAUAUCAUUAGACUUUGAUGGUGCUCUGGAUAACUAGAUGUAAUUUUUCACAUUAAUGUCCGGAAUGAUAUAAUACAAAUGCUGACUCGACUUGUUGUUGAUUAAUAUAAUCUGCCAAAACCUGUUUAUGUACUCAGUUUGUUUUUUUUGCCAAAUAUCUGAAGAUCAUUAGUAUUAUCGAUAUAAGGAAUUAUGCAAGUAAUUAAUAUACGUAUAAAAAUAUCUCGAAACAGAAAUUAUUUUAUUGAAAAUUCCUUGUUUAGAUUUGGUGAAACUAGCUUACGUUAGACGAAACGAAUAGUAUUGGUGAUAUAUUUCAAAAUUAGUGCAGUUCUUUGCAGUAAAGUGUUUAUGAAAUAGUAGUAAAAUUUGCGGAGAAAAUAGCGGGACUAAAGAAACAAAUGAUGACAUAUAUUUAUAUUCUGAGGUGCUGCACAAGUUUUGUGAAUGUUUUCUGUUUGUUUACAAAUCCGAGAGCUUGUUAACAGACAGUUUUUUUUUCUUUUUUUUAUGGUUAAAUGCUGAAUAAAAUACAAUAAUGAAAUGGUA